AUUUUUAUUAUUUUAUUUCCAUUCUACGUGACUUUACCGAAAGAACCAAGAAGAUUAAUCCGCUUGUUGGUGAUGAACGCUGCUGAAAGUUUGCACUCCCAGACGGGAUGUAUUUUUUUUUUAACAUGGACGGUCAUAAAUAUGGAAGUGAAUUGUUUGCCAAUUUGAUGUUGGCGAUCGUGGCUCUGGUGGUUUUCUGUCGGCGCUAGUCUCGCACUCCACGGAAGGUGAAGUGCCCUGCUUUCAGCACCGUAGGGAUUCUGAGUUGUGUUUAGCGCGAGACGCAAAGCAACGGAGGAGAACCUUCGGCUGAUCCUGCCUCGUGAGUGAAUUCAGUCGAGCUCCAGGCCUUUAGAAACAUUGGUUUUACGAUGUUCUGGGGUUAAGCAUAGACGAGGGCGUUUGUUUGGCAAUCGUCAUUUAUGGUCCUACCACUCGACGAGAGCGUCACAACUUACAUCAAUCACUCAAUGACCCCAUCGUCUGGAUGUAUGAGAUGUAGCUAUACAAUCCAGAGCUGUGUAUGUGCAUCCAUCUUCAAUAGACUAGACUCUGUGUUCGAUAUCAUCACCAUCCAUUGGCUAUCUACUGCUGGAUAAAAGCCUCCACCCCACACCGUCCACAGCUCCUACCAAUCAUGCCAUGCACAUGCCAUACCAUGCAUGAGUGUAUCUGGUGUGCAGCUACAUGGAUGGAACUCUACAACUGCAUACUACAUUAAUGUACAAAACCGUGGGCGGGAAGUCCCUGUACCCUCGCUUUACUAUGAAUAACUAUGAAUAAUGUUAGUUUUUAAAGACAAGGGUAUUCAGGGUGCACACAUACUGUGUGUGUGCUUACGUUACUUUUAUUAGAAUGUGUGUUUUUUUGUUACCCAGGAAAGCCUCAUUGCCAUGAUUUUUACUCAGGAGGGUCCUGUCACAGGUUUUCUCAAUCGGGCCGAUGUUACCAUGUUACUAUGUCGAAUGCCAAUUGAGUCAUUUGCAGGUAACGUUUCAGCUUUGGUCGAUAUCGUUCACCAUUGCCUUAUAGGCUGUGUGCAUGUUUGCAACCUGUGCAUUCAUCAACUAUAGCUCACACAUGUAACACUUUUUCACUCGGACACAAUAUACUACACGACUGCAUAUGCAUACACAAUCUAUAACACCACAGCUAUAUAUUUUACGAUGAAUAACCACGCAGUAACAGCAACAGUCUACGACUUUGUAAUAUUUAAUCAUCGUAUGGAUAGACUGGCUUCUUCAAUGAGAAUGUGGAAUUUCCACCACCUACUUGGAAUGGCCAUUGGAUUGAGCGCCCAUAGCCCAUUGUUGACUUGGAACAAGCUCACUUGAGGAGGGUUUCUCGCAGACUAAUCUGCCACAGGGCAAUAUUUGACAUAGGCAUGAUACUACAUGAUCAUUUAUACACGAGAGUGUGGAUCUGUGGCUCGGUAUUUAGUGCACUGCACUAUGAACGCAGCAACAUGAGUUAGAUUCUCGGCCAUGGUUAACACAAGUGCAGAGAGUGAUAUCUGAACUAGCCCUGGGCCUGGCCUCCCUUCACCAUCCCCCACUGAGAUGAGAGACGGGGUGUGUGGUACAAACAACCUCCUUGUGCCACAGGGCAUGGGGAGGCCUUCAUGCAGGAGUGAAUUAACAUUGGGCUAUAAAUUAUUGCAAUUAUUAUGACUAUGUAUACAUAUUAUUAUUGCAAUAAUUUACUUUGCAUAUGUGCGUUACAUCACACCUAGAAGACACAUUCUUGUGAUGUAUGGUUUAAUAAUACCAUUUUCGACAGGUUGCCUUCUCAAAGUGAGGUAUUAAACAAAUAAAAAAACAUCAGUAUAAACUGAUGCAUUUCUUAUGAGUCCCCACUGCAGAUCACAUUGAACUAUGGUUCACUCGCUCACAGUUCUGGUAAGACAUGGCCAUCUCAUUUUGUUCAUUCAAGUCACAGUAUAUGCACAUGCCUCUGGCAGUUAAAUGCGGAAUUAAUUAGUUCGAUUGUUUAUUUAUUAUAUAAUUAUUCACCGGCACUGCUAAAUAUGCGUGUGAUUGGUUUUUGUCAGUCUCUGUUGAUUUUUUACCUUUUACAUUUGCAUGAAUUAAGCAUAAUUGGAGAAAAAAUCAUUGAUAUUGCAAAGAAAUUGCACUCAAAUGAACAAUAAAAAUUUAUGUUUGUGCGAGGGAUUUUGGAAAAUGCACUAAGGUGAAAAUAAAGCAAUUGUCAUUUUCUGGAGUUAUUAGAAACAAGCGACAGUUGUUUCCCACUGAAUUGAGUGUGUGGUGGUGCCAAUGACCUGUUUAGAGCCAUUGGCGGAAGUUCAACAUUCGCAUGGUGGAUAUUUCUGUAGGACCACCACUAUUGACGUCUCCUCUACGUGGCAUGGUACUUUAUCAACCACGCAUGGAUGAUUGGGCUGAGUAAACUCCCAACAGGGAUUUCAACUAAUGACCUUCCAGCUGUGAGCUGUACGCUUUGAGCACUGUGCCACCUGGCCGGUUUCUUAAGAUUAACAACGACCUGAAACUAGUAUAAAAAGGUAAAGUAUUCAAGUGUAGACAUUUGGAUAACAUCGCAAAAGAGGCCAUUACUCACACUGAGUAGGAGCUGCCAUAAUAAAUUGUACCCAUUCAUUGGCUGGGAAUCAAACUCGGCUUGCCAGGGUCAACGCAUGGAGCACUAACAAUCGUGCCACAACUUUCCCUUUCAAUAAGUACAGUACACUCGAACGGUGUAAUUACUAAUUAAAAGUGAGCCAAGUGACGAACUGACGUUUGAACGGUUUAAUAGUACUCAUUGUAACAUGUGAUAGUUUGAUAGUAGGCAUUGUAAUAUGUGAUAGUUUGAUAGUAGGCAUUGUAAUAUGUGAUAGUUUGAUAGUAGGCAUUGUAAUAUGUGAUAGUUUGAUAGUAGGUAUUGUAAUAUGUGAUAGUUUGAUAGUAGGCAUUGUAAUAUAUGAUAGUUUGAUAGUAGGCAUUGUAAUAUGUGGUAGUUUGAUAGUAGGCAUUGUACACCGGUUAGUGCUGUACUAGUCACGAUUUGGCACGUUUUGUUUUUUUACGUGACAAACCUUAACUAAUUGGCUGUGUCGGGUGGUGGUGGGUUUAACGACACAACAUUUCUAUUCACGAGAACUAACCCAAAACAAGCUCGAUGAGAUGUUCUAUGGAGGUGACGCGCCAUUCCAUCCGCGAUGGAAACCGCCGGCGGUGUCGGUGCAGGAGGCAGGGCGCAGCGCGCCGUAGCAGCCCGGUGAGAGUCGUGCCACUCGGUGAGUUCUGCGCACCGGGUUGCGAUCAGCUGCGGUCUGGUGGUCUCUGGCGUCGCGAGCGCUACUGGCAGCUGUACUGUUGGCCUGGGGGAGCUCUCACACUCGCUGAGCAUCAGCCCACGACAAAACAACAACUUUAACUUACGAGGCGCUAAGUUACGUAACCUAAACGUCUCAAGAUGUGCACGUGCUCCUGACUUGUUGAGACUUAGCAUAGGAAGGUUAUGCCCAUUGCGAACGUGCGGCACGCCUUUUAACACGCAUGCAACAUAUCGUCGCUUUUAGGUUGUUGUUGGGAAGGCAAUGACAAAGGUGCAGCCCUGAAGUUACUUGCUCACGUCACUUGUGCCGUAAGGGCCUCCACUUAGCGUGAGCUCUAGAGAGCCCCUCUAGAGGUUGUGUUAAUUACAGAGCAAUAAUAUAACAACACUGCCCUUUAAUUACUCGAAGUCCUCGCUGACUGUUUAGUUUACGGGGGGUCUUGCAGUGCGAUGUUUUGCCAACCCAUUUAACGGGCGUCGAGCAAGUAGGAAAUGGACUGUGCUCAUUACGCACGCGUCAGAUUGCUUGCGGGAUAAAUCAUUACUUGAGAUGUACGCUGGUACCACAUUUGGAUGAGUGUGCCAAAGGAGAGUCAGAAUCGGAUCAGCAUCAGAAUAUGUAUUUAUACUGGAGGAAGCCGAUAAACUAGAACGCUCUUUUUCACAGAUGUCCAGUCGACCCUAGAGUGAGAGUAUGGACAGAACAAUUGAGGCAGGCAGUGUAAACGAGAUAGAAUUUGUAUUAUACCUGAAACAAAGAAGAUAAAUAAAUGUGGGGAGCAAAAAAAACAAGUACAGUCUCGAAAACUAUUUCAUUGGGGGUUGGCAUUUAAGAGAAAGGUAGGUUUAAAAAUAAAACUAUUACACGUUGUAAUGUUAAACUUUUAUAUUCCGUUCUUUGUUAGAUAUUAAACACUCCACCCUGCCCAUGAAUUGUAGGGCAUUUGAAUGAUAUCCUUUGGAGUGUGUGCAGUUUGUUUUAUUUGGCUAGAGCCGAAUGGCACCAUGCCUCCUCUCAGCCUCUAUAGGCCUCGAGUGGGGUCAAAGUUUGAGCCUGUGGUUAAUUUCUUAGCCAAGUGCAUCUGAGAUGCACACGUAAAAUUGGCGAUCCUGGUGUCGAGUAUAUAUGUACAUAUGUUGAACUUAUUUCGCACCGUACAUAGCCAACCGUGUUGAUCGGAGGUGCGGAUGUUAUCGUGAACCCUGCUCGAUCCACUUUUUCAAACGCUCGUUGUGCAGGUUGACGGUUCGAGCCCAGCGGCCACACUGAUUAAUACUGCAGGUGUAUUUAUCCACAAAAAUACAAUGCCGCCCUCUACACAGUGGACGUUAAAGAUCCCGUGAUAUCAGCCACAAGAUCCCGUGAUAUCAUUCACAAGAUUCGACCAUCAUCUGCCGGUGUCUUUGUCCAAGUUUGCCAAAUUUUAAACAUUACACCACAAAUUUCUCAAGUGGAAUCUGCACCGCAAUCAUCGCCCCCUCCUGCAAAGUCUUGGCAGGACCCUCUUGAAAAAUGGUCACGAGGCUCGGCGAGACAUUCCUGUGUAAACAAGCGGAAUAAUAAAAAAAACAUCAUAACGGUGAAAAAUUUGUUGCAUUAUUUGCACAUUAGGGCGCAUAGUGUACAUAUAGUUUUUGUAAAGAUUACAACUUUACGCGAUGCUGAUGAGACUCUGAUGGAUCAGAGUGUUGUUGUCCACAGUUGCUGCUUAGAGAGAGACGUGCAAAAUUGGAUUUUCGUUUGGGUUGAGUUCUAAAUGGGAAGCAUCAAAUACACACGUGACAACGGGACAAUUCGAGCCUCCGCAUGAUUCCGUCCUGCAUUAUAUACGCCGUGAUAAAACAGAUGCAAUACUAAUGAUUGACCUACAUGCCUCUUUCACCGCCAGCAGAGUGACUGUCAAUUACACUUCUUUCCUUUGGCAAUAAAAAAUGUUUAUUCCCUGGCAGUUUUAUGUGAGCACUUAGAAUUGUGCUUUACUGCCAUUCUCGUGCGCGGCUCCGUUGGCUGCGGUGUCAUUCUGCCCUCGCGGGGCUCAACAGAGCGCACACGUGGACGGGUGAUGAGGGCUUUAUUUCUCAAGCAGCCGCAGGAUAAGCGGGCCUGCGUUGUGUUUCAGUAACUCGUCAAGUCCUCCUCGCGAGCCGCACGCGUGUGGACGGGUUGACAAAUGCGAUGCGCUUAGUUGGACACCGUGCUCUGUCGGUAAUCGAGGGAAAGCAAACGCGGUGCCGGUGGUUUAACUCGUGAGCUUGCAAGUGGUUGCAAAGUACUGGGAUGAUUUAAACAAAUUUGACCUUCAUAGCCAAUAUGGUAUUGGCACUCCAGUUAGGGCAGUGUCAGGGUUAGAGUUGGCACUGUGGAAAGUCUGCAGGUUCCGUUGGCUUUGGUCAGCGAGCUUUUCGUUACCGUGCACACCGCACCUCGCCGCUCUGCUCCACCUGCAGUGGGGGGCAAGAGGCAGGUUUAAGAUGUGAACCGUGAACGCCGCAGAUGCCCGGAUACGAGCGAGCGGAAGAAACAACACGUCCGUCACGCCGCUCGUCGCGAGGAUCGCGGCCGCGCGCGUCCACCGCCCUGCGCCGCGCACCACAUACGCUCGCCGCCAAAUGAAGGAACCUUGAUUUAAGGAAGGUCACGGUCACUGGCUCUGUUGAGAUCCAUCCGUCACAAGGCGCAGAAAAUAAAUGCGAGAGAGUGAGCAAGAGGGAGAGAAAUGCCGAUGUUGGGGCGACAAGGAAGGAGGCUGAGGAAGUACAAGGUAGAGGAGAGAGAAAGGGAGAGGGAGCGUGUGAGCCGGGCUGCUGUGGGACGGCAGGGCAGUGUCCAUGGAGGCGAACGUUAUUGAGAAGAAAGGUUAAUCACGCGGGCGGUCCAUCAGCCGGCUGACGCGCGUGCAUUUGCGCUGAUUUACUGUCGCGCAUAUUGCAUUAACGGCGCGGGCUGACGGCGCCGUUAUUACCGUAACGUCCGCACGAGUCUCCGCGGAGUAGCCCCGAACGGUCACCUCUCCACCGUAUGAAUACGUAAAUUCCUGCGGCAGUGCGAUGGCAUUUGGACGACGGCGGUGGUUGCUGCCCUGUAAAUAUAAUUUUGCGACGGUUUAAUUCCAAUUCGUAUUCUGCACGUGCGUGUCACAUUUUCAAGCGCUGUUUUAUUUUUCCGGAACGGGCGGUGGGUGUCGGAUUAAUAAUAUAUGCAGGACACAUUUUGCAAUUGGAUAAGAAAAAAACGGCGCGAUGCCUGGAGGUGGACGCGGCGUUGCGUGCGAGCCGCUGGAAAUGAACUGCCGUGCGGGGCUGCCGGGGAAGGGAAGGGCUGCUGAAAUAUUGACUGCGCCGGGCUUCUGAGUGAUUGGAUGGUGGGUGCAGUGGCGGGGUGCUCGCUCGCUCGCUCGCAGGGCGGCACCGGCAGCUUCCGCGCCGCCUCGGUAAGAAAAAGAAAAAAACCUCCCCAAAAACCCUCCCGACAAAAACUCGUGGCGGCGAUGGCCGGGCGGUCAGGGAGCGGCGGUCACAGCUGCAGGGAUGGCUGCGCGUUUCCCACGCGCUGGUGCCUCGGCUGCAUGGGAACUUCUCCCAAGUGCACGGAGCCCAUGGCCGGUGAGAGGAGGAUGGACGAGCUUGUAGGGGAACUGGAGGUGGAACGGCGCAACCUCAAAAGAGAGAAGCAGGCAGUGGCGCGGCUGCAGAGGGAGGUUGCUCGGCACCGAGGCGAGGGCUCAAUGCGUGAGCGCCUGAUGUGCGACCUGGAGAGCGAGCGACGCUUGCGGCUGGAGAGCGAGAAGCGUCUGCAGGAAGUGACGCGCGAGCUCACGCAGUGCCGAACCCAGCUCCGUGCUCUCAGGGACCAGUUCGAAAGGAUGGAAGAAACGGUCCAGGAUUUGAUGCGUGGGCAGAGUCGGGUGAACCCACCGGCCGGCAAGGCAACGGCCAAUGGCUCUUCUGCCCAGGACGUGAUUUCGGGCCCGGAUUACACGCCGCCUCUGCGGAGCGCCGACGCCGUCAUCCCGGAGCUGCAGAUGAGCGGUGUGGUGGGCGACGCAGGCUUCGAGGAGGAGAGGAAGAAGAUCCGUGCCCUUUUGGAACGCCUGCAGAGCCUCGAGGCGCAGAACUCGGCGCUGUCUCUGGAGAACGAGAACCAGCGGGAUCAGUACGAGCGCUGCCUGGACGAGGUUGCCAACCAGGUGGUACAGGCGCUCCUCACACAGAAGGACCUGCGCGAGGAGUGCCUGAAGCUGCGGACGCGCGUGUGCGACCUGGAGGAGCAAAACCGCAGCAUGAGCAUCCUCUUCCAGCAGAAGCUGCGCCUGCCGUCGGAGGCCACGCUGCAGGCCGGGGUGGCGCUGGGCGUGGUGGAGGGCGGCGCGCUGUGCCGCGGGGUCGGCUCGGUGCCGACGCUGGGCCGCCGGCGCCACCGCCUCGUCACCAGCAGCUGCAGCAGCAGCAGCGAGAUCUCGCUGUCCAGCACGUGCAGCGAGCUGUCGACGCACUCCUGCCCGUGGCCCGCCGAGCAGCGAGAGUCCACCGCGGGGCAGAAAGUGGAGAUGAGGGACGGGAGGCACGCAGACAAGGAUCAGGGGAAGGAGUCGGCGGGGAGUGAGAAGGAUCGACCGUCCAGGGCGGAGGAGCAGAGGCGGAGUGGCAGCGUGGAGCUGGGGGCCCUGCCCAGCUCCCACGAGGAGGCACUCAAGCGGCAGCAGAGGAAGGAGAUGAGCAUCCUGCAGGGCCUCCGGCAGCUCGUGUCCAGGGAGCCAAUUCCUGCGCCGGAUGAUCGAAACAGCCUGCGACCAGGCGAGUGGACCGCCGCCCACCGGGACCUCAUGAGCUCCAACGAGGGCAUCUACUCGCCCGGCUCCAAGCAUAACGACUUCCCCGGCGUCGUGGCGCACGCCUCCGUGCGCCUGCGCGGCGUGCAGCCACACCAGAAGUGCUCGUACGAGUCGGACUCGCAGGAGGAAAGCGAGGACGACGCGAGGGGCGCCAGCCUGGAUCCCGUGCCCUGCAAGGAGUGGACGCUGCCCUCCUGCCUGCGCCUGCCCCACAGCCUCUCCGAUGGCCUCUUCGGCCCGGGACCCCGCGCGCCCUUCCCGAGGACGCCGCGCUGCGUGUACCAGGUGCGCGGCGUGGACGAGAGGAUCGCCGGGUACCUGCCGCGCUGCCAGAGUCUGGGCAAGGCCUCGGAGAACUGGAGGUUCGGCUUGACCGCCAACCGCAUGCAGGUCAGCCUGAAGGGUGUCGAGGAGCCGGCCGGCAGGCGGAACGGCGAGGGCGGCGGCGGCGGCCGCUCGACGCUGGGAGCUGCGCCCGGCGCGGCGUUCCCCAACAUCUCGGUGUCGCUGGCGCAGUCCGUGCACAAGACGGUGACGGGCCAAGUGAGCUCGCUGUGCGGUCAGGUGAUCUCUCUCACCGGUCAGGUGACCACAGCCGGCGAUCGCCCCAGGAUGCUGCAGUUCGUGAAACGGGCGGCGGUGGCCGCGGCGGACGCGCCGGUGAAGCCUGAGGAGGAGCCGCCAGGCCCGGCCGUGAUUUACGACGCCAAGGACUGUUGCCCCUCGCAGCUGGGGUCCGGGGUUCAGACCCCCGGCGCACCGGCACUUCACGUCAGAGGCUCCGCCAAGCAAGAAGUUAAUUACACUGAACUGGAGCCCGAGGCUGCCUCGGCCAGCAGAGCCGCGGACUACGCAGUUUUGGAAUCUCCCACGGAGGAGCAGCCGAUCAGAGACUCCGACAGCAGCAGUGGCAAGGCGGCGCCGCCCGCCCCCGCUGGAAGUUCAACCACUGGAAACAUCUCUCAGGUGACCUCAGGAUCCACGUCGGCCUCGAGUGGUCAAUCGCACAGUGCAGCGCCCACUCUGGCGAUGUCUCACGGUGCUCAGCAACGCCUGAUCAAGCCGCCGUACAGCGGGGGCCACAAAAGCAACGGCCUCUACUCUGCGGGGUUCGCCGCGGCCUCCUCCUCACCCAGCGGCCCCAGGGUGCCGCCGGGCCGGAUGUCGGGAAAAUCCCAGAGUCUGCCGCAGCAGAUGAAGGUCCCUUGCAAGGCGGGGGGGGGACCCAGCAGUGGAAACCCGCCGGCAUUUAGGAGCAAAAGUCAGGAGAAGGCCGGCGGCUGCGCUCCUCACGACAAAUCGCCGGGCCCCUCGUCCCCCGCCAAGCUAUCCAGGUUCCUCAAGAUCCCCAGCGUGGGCAGCGGCUUGGGUGUGAAGUCCGACUUGGCCAACCCCACCAGGGGAAGCCCCCAGCUACCUCGCAGCUCUCGGAUCCCCUGCAAGAGCGAAGCUGCGGCCGCCACGAAGCUGCCCAACGGCUGUGGGCCCGCAAGCCCGUCGCCCGAGGCCGCUCCUCCUCCCGGCAGGAAGCCCGUUCUGGUGGCCACUCUCUCCAGGGCGGCCCAGCAGGCCGCGCCCACGGCGCCGUCCCCGGUCACGGCGCCGCCGUCGCCGGUGCUCUCCCCGGAGCACCAGGAGGAGCCCGUACGGGACAGCGCGUCCGGCGGGGUCAAACCCUCGCACCUCGCGUCGCCUCCCGCCCCGCCCCCGCCGGGCCGCUCCGCCUCGCUGCUCAUCAAGCCCAACUAUGACAUCCCUCCCAGCAUGACGCUGCUCAGGCCCAGCUACGACACCCAGCAGAGCCUGCUGAGGGUGCGCUGCGGCAAGGAGCAGCAGCAGGCCGCGGGCACGGCACGUGGGGGGGCCGCCAGCCGCCUGCCCGUCGGCUCGCCGACCCACGCCUCCAAGCCGGCGGUGGUGCCCAGGGUCCCGCAGUCGCUGCACAAGUCCCAGAGCUCCGUCUCGGAAGGGGUGGGCUAUUCCCAGACGUUGGCGCACGUGUCGUCGCAUCAGCAGCCCAGGCCUAACCACGCCUCCAUGCAGCAGCAGAAGCUUCAGUUACCUCAGAGUCAGAGCGAAGGGAACAUGACUCAAAAUCAAGCAAUUCUCUCACCUAAGAGGACCGUUAAUAAUGUCACGCAGCAUACUGAUGCUACCAAGAGCUGCUUGACAAUGAAAUCUCCGGUGCUAAUCGAGUCCUACAAUGCCCUGUGCAGCAAUGUGCCGGAGCGGCAGAACCAUUUUGUAGCAAAUGUCACCACGAGCUUCACUGCUUCUGUGCGUCCAACAAAUGGGUUAAAUUCCCCACCCGUCAGCAGCAAAUGCGAACGAACUUCGGACAAAAAAGAGUUGAAAUUGGAACGCGCUCACGGCGACCCUCAGGAAGUAGCCGAAGCUUUGACGAGCGUAACGCCGCCCUCUAAAGAGCCGGACCGAGCGAGUGAUGCAGCGACGUGGGCGAGCAAGGGAGUGCCACCGUGCCCCCGACCGUCGGAGGAGGCGAACUCCCCCGCGACGCACGGGUGCGCGUCGUCCGACCUCGACGCCAAGCCCCACCCGGGAGAGGGGCCCCUCCCGUCUCCCCUCUCGUCUCCCGCCACGAGCUCCGGCGACGCGGAGUUCCGGGACGAGCUGAAGGGCCUGCGCGGCACACCGCAGUCGCCCGGCACGGCGCGCCCCUACCCCAAGCCGGCACUCGGCAUGAGCGGCACCAAGGUGCGCAGCCAGAGCUUCAGCGCGCAGCCCGGCAGCCGCGAGAGGAUGCCCGCCGCCAGCUCGGCGGGAGAGCUCAGCCCCAAGAUCCGCACGCACAUCAUCACCAACACGGCCGAGCGCGGGAUUCCCCUGAGCCGCCAGUCGUCGCUCACGACCCCGGAGCCUCCGAGGGUUGCGACGCCCUCAGAACAGCAGCAGCAGCAGCAGGAGGAUCGCGCUGCGACCGAGUUGCAGCUUUGCGUGCUCGUGUCCGAUCCGCACGGGUUGGAAUCCGCCGGCGAGAAUGGGUACGACGUCUUGGAGGCGGUGUCCGAGAGCGAGCUGCUCAAGCACUGUGCGCAGAACUUCCACAACGUCACUAUCGUGCAGGAGGCGAUCACGGCGCAGCCCACGCCCGUGGCCCUCGAGGCGGAUGCAGAGACGGAAUGCGACGGAGUGGAGCGGAGCCACGGCAGUCCCACCAAGCUCCCGAGCCGUUUGCCGGCCAGGGCCGAGAGAGAGAAGAUAUCGACGAAGCCUGAUGGGCCGCGCUCGCCAACGCAUCCUGAGAGGCUGGACGACUCCCUCCCAGAGGACAGCGGCCACAGAAUAUCCCCUGCCAAGGUGGAAGGAGUGAGAAGUCCGGGAAAGUUGGAAGAUUUCAGAGCAAGGCAGAGGGCGCCCGGUCAUAGAAUGGUGCCAAAAUUCGAUGUUGUGAGACAACCAAAGGAGGUAGAUUUACACCGGCCUGUGAUGAGCCCAGAGGGACACGGAGCUAUGAGCCCAGAGGGACACAGAGCCAUGAGCCCAGAGGGACACAGAGCUAUGAGCCCAGAGGGACACAGAGCCAUGAGCCCAGAGGGACACGGAGCUAUGAGCCCAGAGGGACACAGAGCCAUGAGCCCAGAGGGACACAGAGCCAUGAGCCCAGAGGGACACAGAGCCAUGAGCCCAGACGGACACAGAGCCAUGAGCCCAGACGGACACAGAGCCAUGAGCCCAGAGGGACACAGAGCUAUGAGCCCAGAGGGACACAGAGCCAUGAGCCCAGAUGGACACAGAGCCAUGAGCCCAGAGGGACACAGAGCCAUGAGCCCAGAAGGACACAGAGGAGUGACGAAGCUGGAGGAGCAGAGGAACGCCAUGAACGCCAAGCUUCCGAGAGCGAAGCUCGAGAGCCCUCGAGCGAUGUCCGGAAUGGAAAGCGUGCGGCUCGCUCAGAACGUAAAGACUCCCAAGAUGCACGAGGACAUCGAUGGCUUCGACAAAGCGGAAUCAUCGGAAGGUCAGAACCACAUCAUGGCGGGUGAGGGCGAGUGCGACGGUUUUUCCAUAAACGGCAAGGGGCUGAUUCUCCAGGAGAGAGAUGCCAGUAAAGGAACGGAGGCUCCGGGUCAGAGGCAACUGAAGUUCGCGGGCACCAGGACGGGCCAACAGCAGCAACAGCAGCAGCUGUAUUCUCCACAUUACGGAGCAAAGUCACCGACCAAGUCCAACCUCGAGGCUCAGCCGGAGUCUCCGAGGAGGCUGGGCCAAGCGCUGUCUCCUCAGGGCUCUGCCGCGGGCCCCUCCAUCGAGGAGAAGGUGAUGCAGGGCAUUCAGGCGAACAUGCUGCGCAAGGAGCAGCAGGGAGUGUCUCGCGCCGGUGCGAGCACCACUGAGACGAAGCCCAAGUCGGGCGCGGCCUCGUCCAUCGCCAGCUGGUUCGGCUUCCGCAGGCACAAGACGGCGGCGACCGCGGCGGCGGCGGCGGCGGCGGGGACGGCGGCGGGGACGGCAACUCCGGCCAAAAAAAUGGAGGCGCCCACCGGCGACGUGAAGAAGGCGGAAGUGGAGAAGCAAGAGCCGAAGAAAGCCGGAGAGGGCAAGGCGGAGGUGCAGAGGAAAGAGGAGAAGAAGGAAUGGGCUCCCCUGAGCCGGCGCCUCAAGCCUCGUGGCAAGCGGGUAGAGGGCAAGCAGCCGGCGGACAAGCCAGCGCCCGACGCGCAGGGGAGCCGCUCUUCGCCCGACGGCAGCGCCCGGCACGACGCGCACGGCGGCGGCGGCGUGGACGGAGCGAUGGGCACCGCCAGCAGCCCCUCGAGCGGAGAGUUCCUGCAGGAGAUACUGAGCAGGGUUGAAAAGCGAACGAUGUCCCCUAAUCGUGCCCCGGAAGAUUCUGGGAGAAAACUCGACCCGACGUUACGCCCUCCCCAUCGCGCGCUACUCCCGCCUGACAAGCAGCCAAUGGCGUCGCCCGUGGAGUCUGACUCCUAUGGAUUGUCACUGGUGGGGCUGCUGAAGGGUCCGGGACGAGGCAGCGAUGGGGAGCUCCUGGGCGUGUGGAGGCAGGAGCAGGAGGAGUCCUCUGCCCUGCAGCUGUCAGAGUGGUCACCCAAGAUCCCGCGAAGACAGCCCAACCACCUCGGGCGUGUGGGCGAGGGUGGGGACGGCUCUGAAGCCACGCUCACGCUUGAGACGGCGCUUGCUGGGGAAUCUGCGAGAAGUCACGCAGCAGGCUUUCACUGCCAGAUGCGAACCCUAGACAGUGGCAUCGGCACCUUCCCCCCACCGGACCCCUCCGGCCGAGGUGUGGGGCGCAGCUCCUCCCGCCGCGGGGCCAAGCCCGAGUCCCACAAUACCCUGCAGCAGCCCCACAAUGCAAUGCAGUUUACCGACAUCGCACCUCCGGCCGCCUCCCCCGGCUCCGCUCGCCGCGCGCUGCCCCCGCCGUCGCAGCAGCAGCAGCAGCAACAGCAGCCACGUGCCACCUUUCAGCCGCCGUGUCAGCAGCCGGCCGCGCCCGUCCACGGCCAGCCUGGGGCACCGGCGGGAGGUGGCGGGAGGGGAGUGGGCAUGAGCGGCGGCACCGGGAAGGCCAAAACGCUGGACCGGGAGACGGCGCCGGGCGUGGGGGGCGGAGGGGGCUGCGUGGGUGACGGCGCCGACAGGAUGAGUCACUCGCUGUCCGACCCAAGCAUGGCUGCGCGCGCCUCGAGGGCAGUGCAAAGUCGCCUGCCCAAGCCCGUCAUCGCAGUUCCCGUCAAGCUGCCGGCGGCGGCGGCGCUCGGCACAGAGCGAGCCGACGGUGACGACGACGACGACGAAGAGGAGGAGGAGGAGGAGGAGGCGGUGGCCGCGCACCGCGGGGCUCUGCUGCGCUCGCGAGCACCGGCAUUGGGGGGGCGCUCCGCGCCGCUCGGCCUCAAGCGGCUGCCGCUCGCCAUGCCACAGCAGGAGCUGGCGCUGCCCGACGUCUUCCUGACGGAGAGCAGCAGCGGCAGCGGCAGCGAGGACGAGAGCGAGGAGGGGGGUGUGGUGAUGCCACGUCCUCUGGGCGCCCCUUCCACCGACAUUUACGCCAAACUGCAAAGGGCCAACCGAGUCAUGAGGAAACAUCUGGUGCUGCCCUCCUGCACCCCGCCGGCUCCCAUCUCCCUGGCGGACGCCUUCCACCACGGCUCGUACCAGCGUGCUCCCUGCCGCCCCUUCGGCGAGCGCACCACCAUCGUGCCCUUUGACCUUCUCAUGGAGGGCGAGGAGGAGGAGGAUGACGAGGAGGGGGAGGGCGACGGCGGGGGCCAGCGAGCCGCGGCCGGCCCCGACGGCGCGUUCCCGCAGCAGCAGCAGCAGCGACGGCGCCACGUGGCGGCGGUGCCGGGGGCGCUUGGGCCGGGCGUCGUCCGCUCGCCGCGGGGCCCGGCGGCGUCGCCCAAGGACGGCGGCGAGGAGAGCGAGGAUCGCGAGGGCGAGGAUCGUGCGGGCGACGACGCGUCCUUCGCUUCCGGCAAGGCGACGGGGGACAACGUGGAGUCGCUGAGCGACUCGCUCUACGAUUCUUUCUCGUCCACGGCCAGCCAGCUGUCCAACGAGGCGUGAGAGAGACGCCGGAGCGGGGGGCGACGGCCCGUGAGAGCCACACGACGCUGGCCCCCGGGAAACCUCGCUUCGCGAUCGGAGCGGGACCUCGCGAUGAACGGACGCCAACGAUGGCUCGUGCGGUCGAAAUGGUUUUGGAAAAACAUUUUCUAGGAUCGCGAUAUUUUUUUAAUCAUCUGAAAAAAAAAAAAAA